UCACCUCAAAACCAAACCAAUAUCACUCCAACAUUUCACCACAAAACUUCAAAAACUAAAAAAUCAAAAACACAAAAAUCUAUUUAAGAAAACAUGGCGGACGAUUCGGAAAUCAUCAAAUUCUUCACAAACAAAUCAGUCUUCCUCACAGGCGGAACUGGUUUCCUUGGUAAGUUAACCCUCGAGCGUCUUCUACGCGUCUGCCGAGUGAAAUGCAUCUACAUGCUUGUGAGACCCAAGAAAGGAAAAACCGAAGAGGAACGUUUUAGUGAAAUAUUCGGUCUGGAAAUCUUCCAGCGUCUACGUGAUGAAUGCCCAGAUUUCACGCAGCAUAUUAAAUUGAUAGCUGGAGACUGCGCGGCGAGAAAUCUAGCGAUUUCCAAGAGUGAUUGGAAAUUAUUGUAUGAUGAAGUUGAAGUGGUGAUACACUGUGCGGCGACAGUGAGAUUUGAUCAGGAUUUCCGCACGGCGUAUUAUAUUAAUAUAAGAUCCGUGAAGGAUUUGAUGACAAACGCUAGGAAGAUGAGGAAAUUGCAGAGUUUUAUUCAUGUUUCGACAGCGUUCUCAAACUGCCAGCAGAAAGUUAUCGAGGAGAAGGUUUAUAAGCCACCGAUGACGGCGGAACAGAUGGAUACGUUCAUGAGUACCUUUCCGGAUGAUGAGUUUAUCAGCAGGAUUGAGAAAUCAAUUUUAGGAGAUAUACCUAAUACUUAUACGUAUACAAAGUGCGUCGCUGAAGAAUUAGUACAAAGACUAGCAACGGAUCCGGAAUGCCCACUUCCGGUCGCCAUUGUGCGCCCGUCAAUGAUAUUAUCUACCUACAAAGAACCUAUCCCCGGCUGGGUAGAUAACGUUUACGGCCCGCUAGGUGUAACAUUCAGCGUGGGCGUAGGCCUAAUGCGAACAUUACACUGUGCGCCUGAUAACAAAGCCGAUAUGGUUCCGGUAGACUAUGUGGUCAAUUCCCUAUUAGCUGUGGCGUAUGAAACCGCCAACAGAGGGCGAGACUUACAAAAGUCACAACAAAUACAAAACGUACAAAAUAAAAUUGAAAAAAAUGACGAAUUCAACUUUGAUGUUUAUAAUUACACCUCGUGGAAUCAUUCUAUAGAUUGGAAGACUUAUAUGGAUUUAAAUCAUCGUGAAGGUGACAUAAUCGUCCCGAUAAUCAUCAUGUGGAAACCUAUGAUUUACCUCAACAAACACCUGUGGUUACAUAACAUCUGCUGGUUUUUAAUUCAUACCAUCCCGGCGUAUAUCGCGGAUGGUGUCUUAUUAGCGCUUGGAAAGAAACCAUUGCUAAUAGAAGGUUAUAAAAAGUUGGAUAAAUUCGCGCAGGUUAUAAGUUUCUUCUCGGUGCGAGAAUGGAAGAUGCCGCAUAGGAAGAUAUUAAAUUUGUAUGAUAAACUCAACGGAGCGGAUAAACAAAUGUUUGAGUUGAGGAUGAGUACGUUCGAUUGGCCGAAAUUCGCAAAGGAUUACAUGAUUGGCGGGCGCGUUUAUUUAUUGAAGGAGCCAUUGACGAAUUUGGAGGCUGCACGGAAAAGAUACAGGUGGAUUCUGGCGGCUUAUUAUGGCUUAUAUGCUAUUGCGAUUAUGAUUGGGCUGUUCUUGUUGAAUUGGUUCAUGUCGCUGUUUGGACUUAAUUUGUUUUAAUGUAAAACAUUAUUUAAAAAUUCAGUUUAAAAAUAUAUAUAAAAAGAAUGCGCAUACGUAUAGAAUUGAAAAGUAUAGCAUUGAUGUAGUAUUUAAUUAUAUGUAAUAUAACGCUAAAAUUAUUAAAAUUGUUAUAACCAAACUAAAAAUAUUUAAGAUUAAAGUAAAAAAAAAAGCA